AUGAGAUCUACAGUUCAAUGUACUAAAAAAAUAAUAGCAUUUCUUACUAGCUCUAAUACAGAUUCAUGGUUAUCUGUAAGCACAUUAUCUAGAUGGACUAAAGAAAUAGCUCAAAUAUCAGUACAAGAAAAUUUACUACAAUUUUCAAAUCAAUUUGGUUCAUAUAGUAUUAUAGCUGAUGAAAGUACAAGAGGUAAAAAAAAAAUAUUUUUAGUUUGUGCAUCUUAUUCGGAUGAAAAACAGCAACAACCUAUGCUUACUAUUUUAAGUGUAAAAGAUUUAGAUCAUUGUUCAGCAUCUACAGUAUCAUCAAGUGUUGGAGAAGCUAUUAUUAAAUAUUCAUUAAAUCUAGCUCAAUAUGAAGUUUUUGUAGAAGAACUAUUAAUAGCUCAUGAGUUCCUUUUAACAGAAGAAUUUUAUGAUUUAACAAGUAAACUUGAAAAUGGAUUAAUAAAAGCAUUAGAAUUAUUUAAAAAAUGA